AUGUCAGUUNACGAGUCAUUUUCUCGAUUGUGGGAGGCCGCUAAGUGUAAGAAAGGUGGGUUAACUGUAGAGAACAGAAUACUAUAUCGGCAAGAUAGUUGGUUCGGCAGGCCCAUUAAGCAGAUAGUUGUUCCCCAAGAUCGGAGAGCGGAAGUGCUAGAUUUAGUACACAAAGCUCCGUGCGGCGAACAGUUAGGCAGUCGGAAAUCGGCAAGUCGCAUGCGCGAGGGCUUCUAUUGGCCGGGAAUGGCGACCGAUAUCCGGAAGUACUGCCAGAAUAGUCGUGGGUGCCCAGUAAGUGCGCCUGAUUUAGUCCUGGAUAGGAUCCCAGCUACACCACUUACUCGGUCCUCAACCCUGUUUCAAGUGGGUAACAUAGGCAAGAUUGAAUCGUUAGAUCCCUCGUCAUCUAACGGUCAUCGAUACGCGGUUUGCAUAAUCAGCUUAGGCAUCCGUUUGUCAGAAGCGGAAGGGAUGAGAUCGCUGUCAGCGACGGCCGCUUGUUCAGUGCUUUUGCAAUUCUUUACCCGGACGGGUUUUCCCGAACCGAUUUGUUACGAUCAGGGGACCAAUUUCACUGCAAAAUUGACGCGUGAAAUGACCCGUAUGUUAGAAGUAAAGAAUGUAGAGAUAGAUCCGAUCAAAGCGAUUCCCGAUAUUGCAAGUAAACACGCGGCCGUGAAACGAAAAGAGUAUGCAGUGCCUUACAAGUUGGAAGCACGGCAAAAGGGAUAUAACAUCGGGGAUAUGGUUCUCGUGGAAAAGUCUUCCCCGGAUGACAAAUUGGAUGUCCGGUGGGAAUGGCCGGAUGUGGUAGAAAAGCGAACAUUCGUUCUAAGAAUAGUACUCGGUUUCGAUGGGAGAUUCGGGGAACUGGAUCAAACUUCGUCCCCGCGACAGCUGUAUGAUCGCGGACGAGGGGACAGAAAAGUACGGGGAAUUUCACCGCUUCCCCCGACAGCGGCACGGACCGAGCUGGAUGACGUGCCGUUGGAUUACAACUCGAGGUUUGGUAGUAGACCGAAGAAGAAAAACAUCUGGACGCUUACUGGAGGGUGGAUCCCGAAACGGUUUACCCCAUUCCGGAUUUCGCUAGCUUUACGAAAGCGGUUAUUAGGCAUCGGUUAUAAAGGCAUCGCUGCGCGUAGACGGGUAAAAUUCCCGGAUGGUCCGGAUGUGUUCAAGAGAAGAAAAGAAAAUUUUGUGAAAAAAGUGCAGCAGCACCAUUCAUUAGACAAACAAACACGCAAUGAAGAAAAACCAAAGAUGAAAACAAAAGAACGUCUUAUCGAUUCCCUGUUGGAUCUUCAUGUCAAAGAAGGUUUAAUAUCGGAAGAAGACGUUAUCAGAGAAAUGGGCGGCGCAAUUUUUGCG